CUUCCUUCCUCUAAACUUUGCAUUUGUAACCAUUUCCUCAAAACACUUCUCUCUCUCUCUCAUAAUUUUAGAGUUUCAUUUUAAAGUUGAAAAGAGAGAAAAGGGAAAAAAAUGGGAAUUUUUGACUCUGUCUCAGAUUUAAUCUCUGAUUAUGUUGCCACUUCCAGACAAAGGAAAAAAAAACCAUUGCAGACAGUGGAGAUCAAGGUCAAAAUGGACUGUGACGGAUGUGAACGACGAGUAAAAAAUGCUGUUUCUAAAAUGAAAGGCGCUAAGACGGUGGAGGUAAACAGAAAACAGAGCAAAGUAACGGUAACGGGGUUCGUGGAGGCUAACAGAGUCUUGAAGAAAGUCAGAAGAACGGGAAAAAGGGCGGAGUUAUGGCCGUACGUUCCGUACAAUGUGGUGGCGUAUCCGUACGUAACGCAGGCUUACGACAAAAGAGCGCCGGCGGGCUUCGUAAAAAACGCCGUUCAGGCCAUCCCAAGCCCUAACGCCGUCGACGAGAAGCUCACCACCAUGUUUAGCGAUGACAAUCCUAACGGCUGCUCCGUUAUGUAAUUUUUAACCAUUUUCUAUGUUUCUUUUUUUUAUCUUUUUCUUUUUUGUUAAAUUAUAAAAGAUACCGUCAACUUUGUCAUAUAUUUUUCGAAAUUGCAAUAUUACUUUUGAACUGUCAUAAAUACUUUUAGAGUAGAAAUUCUUUAGAAUUUUGGGUGAAAAUUAAAUAUGAAAUAACGUGACAGUGAGCUAAAAGAAUUCCAAUUUGAGAUUCUAAAAGAUUUAUACUCAAGUGGGAGUUUUGAACUGUUUAUAAAAGUUGAUGAAUAAUAUUGCAACUUUAAUAA